UGCUUGUCCCUCUCCAAAACAACAUUCAGAGAACACUUCAAUUCCCUACCUUCAGCAGGGCAUGAGUGCAGUUUCCUUAUCCAGCUAAAUUUCGGAUUUAAUACGGGGAGAGGAGAGCGUUGUUCCCUGGACAUCAUUUGAAGUCAUGCCUGUUCCAGACCAGCCUGUUGAUGCACAGAAGGCCAUGCUCAGCCCAGGGCUUAAUGCUUCUAAUGGAGAUGGAGCAGAAACCGAGACCACCUCUGCCAUUCUGGCCUCAGUCAAAGAGCAGGAGCUUCAAUUUGAAAGAUUAACACGAGAGCUGGAGGCGGAGCGUCAGAUUGUUGCUACUCAGUUGGAACGAUGCAAACUGGGAUCUGAGACAGGUGGCAGCAUGAGCAGUAUCAGUUCAGCUGAUGAGCAGUUUCGCUGGAAUACCCAAGAUGGGCAGAAAGACAUUGAGGAUGAAUUGAACACAGGUCUGGAACUGGUGGACUCAUGUAUUCGUUCUCUACAGGAGUCUGGCAUCUUGGAUCCACCUGAAUACACCACAGCUGACAGACCGAGUCUGCUCUCUCAGAGCUCAUUGCAGAUCACCUCGACCCCAGAGGGCUCCCUCCAGUACUCCGCCAGCUACCACAGUAACCAGACCCUGGCCCUGAGUGACUGCUUGACCACACCGCAUUCUCAGAAGCCUCAGCCCCCUCCACGGUCCAGCGGCCAGCCCGGAGGAGCUGUGCACAGCUACAACCAGGUGACAUCUAAUCGUGCGGCCCAGCUUGCGGCGGGCGACUCCGCACAGACCCAGAGCCAUGGCAGUGCCCUGCUGUCCGAUUCCCAGCAUCUCUCUACCGCAUCCGGGCCAGGUCUGUACUAUUCCAGCUCUACUCUGCCUGCUCAACGCAUCAGCUCGCCCAUGAACUCAAUGCAGUCCACGGCAGCCAGCGGUUCCCCGACUAAACUGCAGCGUCUGGGCUCGGCUUCUGACACGCCCGGCUACUCCACCAUCCAGCGCCUGCCCUCCUCUUCCUCCUCAGCCUCCCCAAAACCUUCACCUGGGAGACUUGCAAAAUCCUACAGCAGUAGCUCACCUAUCAAUGUGGUGGGAAUCGGAGGAUCACCCGGUACUCAUACUUCUGGCUCCCCUCUACGGCUAGCGUCUCCUCCCAAUAAAGCCUCACCUAUUUACCAGCAGCUGCAGUCUGCAGGAGUGUCCACUUAUGCCACUCUUUCACCCACCAAAAGGCUGGUGCACUCGUCUGAGCAGUACAAAAUAUCCCACGAUCUCUAUGCCACUGCCACUCUACAGAGACCAGGUAGCCUUGCUGGAUCUCGUGGUUCAUACAGCAGUCAGCACACCCACCUGGGUCCCGAACUGAGGCCCCUGCAGUCCCCCGAGCAUCAUAUUGACCCUAUAUAUGAAGAAAGAGUCUAUCAGAAAGUCCCCAUGAGAAGCUUGAGCCAGAGCCAGGGAGAACCACUCCCUCCGGGCCAUACUGGAACCUACCGGAACAACACAGCCCCAUCCUCCCCUGGUGUUGACUCCGUACCCUUGCAGCGAACAGGAAGUCAGAAUGCCACAGGGACUUUUCCCAGGGGCGGCUACGCCUCCGGCCAGAGCGCCAAUUACGCUGACACUUACCGCACAUUGCCAUACUGCUCUUCUGUGGAGUCUCCAUACAGCAAGUCCGGUCCAGCCCUGCCACCAGAGGGCACCCUGGCCCGCUCGCCCUCUAUAGACAGCAUCCAGAAGGAUCCCAGGGAGUUUGGUUGGCGAGACCCUGAGUUGCCUGAAGUCAUUCAGAUGUUGCAGCACCAGUUUCCUUCAGUUCAGUCCAAUGCAGCGGCAUAUCUGCAGCACCUAUGCUUUGGAGACAACAAGAUUAAAGCUGAGAUACGGAGGCAGGGUGGUAUUCAGUUGUUGGUGGACCUGUUGGAUCACAGGAUGACUGAAGUACACAGAAGCGCAUGUGGUGCCCUGAGGAAUCUUGUUUACGGCAAGGCCAAUGAUGAGAAUAAAAUUGCUUUGAAGAGCUGUGGUGGAAUCCCUGCGCUGGUACGCCUGCUGCGCAAAACCUCUGAUGUGGAAGUCAGAGAACUGGUCACAGGUGUGUUGUGGAACCUGUCAUCAUGUGAUGCUCUGAAGAUGCCAAUCAUCCAGGAUGCUCUAGCGGUUUUGACCAACACAGUGAUUAUACCCCAUUCCACCUGGGAUGUCUCCCCACACCAGGAGGACCACAAACUGCAAAUCCACACUUCCCAAGUCCUUCGCAAUGCCACCGGCUGCCUGAGGAAUGUGAGUUCUGCGGGGGAGGAGGCUCGGAGGAGGAUGAGAGAAUGUGAAGGUCUGACGGACACACUGCUUUUUGUCAUCCAGACUUCCCUUGGCAGCAGUGAGAUUGAUAGCAAGACCAUAGAAAACUGUGUAUGCAUCUUGAGGAACCUCUCGUAUCGGCUUGCAGCUGAAACGUCUCAGGGACAGCAGAUGGGGACGGACGAGCUGGACGGUCUCCUGUGUAGCGAUGCCAAUGGGAAGGAUGGAGAGAACUCAGGCUGCUGGGGAAAGAAGAAAAAGAAGAAGAAGUCCCAGGACCAGUGGGAUGGUGUGGGCCCACUCCCUGACACUGCUGAGCCCCCCAAGGGAAUUCAGAUGUUGUGGCAUCCGUCAAUAGUAAAGCCCUACCUCACCCUUUUGUCUGAAUGCUCCAACCCAGACACACUGGAGGGGGCCGCCGGGGCGCUGCAGAACCUAGCCGCAGGGAGUUGGAAGUGGUCGGUGUACAUCCGUGCAGCGGUGAGGAAAGAGAAGGGUCUGCCUAUCCUUGUGGAGCUGCUGAGGAUAGACAAUGACCGAGUGGUGUGUGCUGUCGCCACUGCACUCAGAAACAUGGCCUUGGACGUCAGAAAUAAAGAGUUAAUCGGUAAAUACGCAAUGCGGGACCUCGUACAUCGCCUGCCAGGCGGAAGCAAUGCUAGCGGGGGCACCACCAACAGCACAGCAAGUAAAACCAUGUGCGAUGACACAGUUACGGCUAUAUGCUGUGCCCUACAUGAGGUCAUCACCAAGAACAUGGAGAACACCAAGGCCUUACGAGACGCUGGUGGCAUCGAAAAGCUCAUCGGUAUUGCUAGGAGUAAAGGAGACAAACACUCACCUAAAGUGGUAAAGGCAGCAUCUCAGGUUCUCAGUAGCAUGUGGCAGUACAGAGAUCUCCGGAGCCUUUAUAAGAAGGAUGGCUACUCACAGUAUCACUUCGUUGGAUCUGCCUCCACAAUAGAGAGAGACAGACAGAGACCAUAUUCAUCCUCACGUACUCCGUCAGUAUCCCCGGUCCGGACCUCCCCCAACAACAGAUCAGCCAGUGCCCCCACCUCACCCAGAGAGAUGAUCAGCCUCAAGGAGAGGAAGAGUGACUAUGAUUCGACUGGAACCAACACCAGUUACCAUGGAAACAAAGGAGAGCACACUUCUAGAAAAGACACAAUGGCAGUUCAAACCUCGUGUGGAACAUCCACAUUGUUCCGGAACUCGUACGAGACUUCAAAUGAAGAGAUCAAACACAACCAGGUCCUGCCACCACCCGCACCACAGGAGCCCCCAUGCAAAGACUAUGAGGCAUAUCCCAUCUAUCAAAACUCCACUAGUAAUUUUGAGGAGCCAUUUUUCGAGGAUCAAGUCCAUCGCCCUCCUCCCGCCACUGAUCUCAAUAUGCACUUGGGACUAAAGUCCACUGGAAAUUAUGUGGACUUCUAUUCUGCCGCCCGUCCCUAUAGUGAACUCAAUUAUGAAACAAGUCACUACCCUGCCUCUCCUGACUCUUGGGUUUAGGACUUCAUAACCCCAGGGCAUUGCAGGCAGGAAACGGAAGUGGGGCAUGUAGAGAGGCUGGGAAACUGCAUGUGCAUGCAUAUCACAAAACAUUUUUCAUGAAGUUUCGUUCAUCUAAGCUGGUUCCAUGGUGAGGAGUGAGCGAGAGAGACGUAGAAAAGAAGGCCUUGAGAAAGAGGAAAAGCAAGAAAGAAUGUGUAAGAGACAACAGAGAGCACAUCAUUUAAAGAGAAGCAAAAGCUUAACCUUUGGAGUAGAGAGUGGGUUUUUAUUGAAAGGUAUUUGAAAAGUGAAGGUUAAAAAAAAAAAGAGUCUGCACAAGUCAAGCAAGGGAAGGCGAGGUAUGUAAGCAUAAGAAAAUUUAGAUUGUAACGAGCUACGGGAACAGUUUUUCACCUUUUUCGUAACUUUCUUUCCAUUUAUUUGACGUCAUGUUGGAUCAAAGCUUCAUCUGUGAAUGUCCUCUAUGUUGGAAAGUUUUUUCCACCAUUUUUCCCCUCUAUUUUUUCAUCUUUUUUUAUUUGCUAUUUUUUUCAUUUAUUGAUGUGAAGUAUUUGGUGUAAAUUAAAGAUAUGCAUUUCACAAGUGCAUUGUGUAAAUUACACAGACCACUCAUCCCGUGGAUUUGCAUAAUGUUUUACAGUUCAAAGAAAAAGACAAAAAAAAAAGUCCUUGGAGAGAUGUAUUGAUCAAUGUCCCCUUUCCCACAAUGCAAACUCAUUCAAAGAGCAAGGAUGUAUAUGCCUGUAUUGUUUCUUCUGAUAAUGUGAAUAUGUCUGUGUCAACUAAACAAAAGCAGUUGAAGACAGUUACCUGAGUACCAUUCCACUCUCCUCGUCAAUGAAGUGCUUUCUCACUGCCUAAAAAAUUUAAAAUGUAAACCUAAAAAAGAUUUUUGACAUUAAGAUUCUUUUUCAGUUUUCACUUAAAUCAGUUUUUUUCUCUCUCUUUUUCUUGAUGACUUGUUGUGAAAAAAAUAAAUGAGCCUAUUUAUCAUCCAUAUAAACUGUAUGUUUUAGAACUUUAUCUCAGUUUUCUGUGCUAACUUACUGAAACGAUAACUAACAUAGUGCCAACAUUUUUAAAUCUCUAAAAUCAGCUUUGGAGACAUUUUUACGUUUUUAUGUCACUAUUACUUGUUAUUUCUCCGAUUUGUAGCUGCUUUUUGGUUCCUACGUGUGUUUUACUGGAAUUAAGCUACAUCUAGAAAACACUGGAAAACUACCAGGAGGGCAAAACCUUUGCAAGCUUAAUUCCCUCCAAAGAUGUACAAAAUCCUGUCUCUCAAUGUUAGUUGAUUGUGUGCUGUAUGUCGAUCAGUGUUUGAUAUGAAAGCCUUUGUUUCUAACAGGUGGCUUCUGCUGUUUGAUUUGAUAUUGAACUGCAACACUGAAAUGUUAAUAGAGUAUGAUAAAUAUAUAAAUAUGAAUAUAAAUAUAGAUCUAUAUAAUUUUUAUGUGCAGAUGUCAGUGUCACUGAAAGCAACAAACUAGAAAAUACUUCCAUGUUCUGUUUCCAACAGAGAAAAGAAAAUGAAACUUGAAAAUGUUGACCUGAUCUCAGUUGUGUUGUUACCAAGCUACAUAGAGAUAAUCACGCUGGAUUUGGAUGAUGUUCUGA